AUGUAUUACGAUUCGUUAAGUUUUUACGCAGAGAAAAUUCAAAGAGAAAAGGUUAUGGAAAGAGAAAACGCAGAGACAGCUGAAAAGGAUAGAACGUCCGAACUGUCAAUUCUCGAACUGAGACAAGCAGAAGAAUUAUGGAUUCAAGCAGUUCAAACAAAUUCAUUUGUGGAAGAACUUAAGUUUUUAUCAAGUAACAAAGUUUCGACACCUCUGACUUACGUUUCACAGUUUGGAUUAUAUGUUGAUGAGCAAUCGUUGAUUAGAUGUGCUGGACGAAUAAAGAAUGCCCAUCUCCCAAAUUCGAGCAAAUGUCCGGUUUUGCUGCCGAAGAACCACCAAUUUAGUCAUACAAGAAGUCCAUCAUCGAACAAGUCACAACGGUAUAAAUCAAACUCUUUCGUUAUUGUGUGAGCAAUUUUGGAUCAUUUGGGGACGGGAGAUCGUCAAGAAGAACGUUUGAAGAUGUGUAGUCUGUAAAAGAAACGAAGGUCGACCUUAUAACCCUCAAGUACGACCAGAUUUGCUGAGUUGUAGAGUUGAUGAAGCAAUGCCAUUUACGCACACUGGUCUAGACUUCUUAGGGCCUCUGUAUGUCACAAAGAAGAGUGAUGCACAAGAUGCAAUUUCAUCUGAAAAGACGUACAUUUGUUUAUAUACUUGUGCCUCUACAAGAGCAAUUCAUCUUGAACUUACACCCAACCUUACCGUGCCAUCGUUCUUGAGAAGCUUUCGAAUAUUUGUCAGUCGAUUCGGAUUACCUGCAACCUUAAUAUCAGAUAACGCCAAAACGUUCACAUCUGCGUCACAUGAAGUAAAGAACAUUAGAUCGGUCGAAGUUCAACAUCAUCUUACAAAUCAAGGAGUUAACUGGCAAUUUAUCGUUGAACGUGCCCCUUGGUGGGGUGGGUUUUGGGAACGUAUGGUACGAACUGUAAAGGGAGUUCUCAAAAAGGUCAUUGGCCGUUCGAGCCUUAAUUAUGAUGAACUGUAUACCAUUCUUACUGAAGUCGAAUCUAUCAUGAAUGAUCGCCCGAUAACGUACAUAUAUGACGAUGUGGAGUCAAUAUCAUAUGCAUUGUCACCAUCCCAGUUAGUUUAUGGUCGAAGACUCACGAGCACACCAAAACACACUACUCUGCCGUGCAGAGAAGCAGCGAGAGAAGUGCCAAUCACGACCGCGCAGAGAAGCAGCGAGAGCUAG